CCGAGCUGGAGAGGCCUUAGGAGGACGGGGAAACAACCGAGGAAGUGAAGAUAAAGGGGGAAUACGGCUACUGACCCAUCCCGGAGCAUCAGGGGAGAAGCAGCGAGAGAAAGGGGGAGAAGCAGGGAGAGAAAGGAGGGGAAGAAGGAGACUAAUUCCGCUCGACCCGAUGGACUGAGAGGACAGAUGAAUGAAGACUGCCUAUACUAACGCCUAUAGAUGUCUGGCCAAGGACCUAGACGCCUAUGCCAUGAACACGGACAUGACGAUGGACGGCAUCGGCAGCCUGCAUGGCGGGGUGUCCGUGAGCUCCGUCCUCCCUGAUGUGGAGCUGAUGAGCGGCCACAGCCCGCACCACGGCCGCUCAUCAGGGGGCCACGGGGCGGCGGCGGCAGCCCUGCGGAUCCACCAGGACCUGGCCUCUCGCUCCGCCAUGGUGUCCGGCAUGGCCAGCAUGCUGGACGGUAACGGGGACUACCGUCCGGAGCUGUCGCUGCCGCUGCACCACGCCAUGAGCGUGCCCUGCGACACGUCCUCUCCCGGGAUGGGGAUGAGCGGGACAUACACCACCUUAACCCCGCUGCAGCCGCUGCCCCCCAUCUCCACCGUGUCCGACAAGUUCCAUCAUCACCACCAUCAACACCACCAGCGGCUCUCCGGGAACGUGAGCGGGAGCUUCACCCUGAUGCGGGACGACCGGGGGCUGCCGGGGAUGAACAACCUGUACAGCCCCUACCACAAGGACCACAUGUCCGGGAUGGGUCAGAGCCUCUCCCCGGUGCUCGGUAACGGCCUGGGCUCCAUACACAACACCCAGCAGGGGCUUCACAACUACGGCAUCACGACGCACGGAGGCCACGAUAAGAUGCUGAACUUCGAGGCGCACCACACCGCCUCCAUGCUCAGAGGGGACCCCCACCAGCACCGAGGCCUCGGCGGCCCGACGGCCGGGAUGAUGCCGCACCUGAACGGGAUGCACCACCCGGGGCACCCGGUCGUUUCCUCGGCGGGCCACCACCCCCACCCCCACCCCCACCUCCAGUCUCCAUCCCAUGGGCCCGUGUUGGUGUCCAGGGAAAGACCUCCCUCCUCCUCAGGGGUGCAGGGGGUGAACAGCUCGGGGCAGCUGGAGGAAAUCAACACCAAGGAGGUGGCGCAGAGGAUCACGGCGGAGCUGAAACGGUACAGCAUCCCCCAGGCCAUCUUCGCCCAGAGGGUGCUGUGCCGCUCCCAGGGGACCCUAUCGGACCUCCUGAGGAACCCCAAACCCUGGAGUAAACUAAAGUCAGGCCGGGAGACCUUCCGGAGGAUGUGGAAGUGGCUGCAGGAGCCCGAGUUCCAGAGGAUGUCGGCGCUCAGACUGGCAGGUGGAAGUACCUCCAGUUACUCACAGCUACCAGAGCUUCAUGAUGAUCAACACAAGGCCAGUCAGGAAAUGCCAGCGUGCAAACGGAAGGAGCAGGACAACGCUAAGGACCGCAACAACACGCCAAAGAAGUCGCGGCUGGUCUUCACCGACCUGCAGCGGCGCACCCUGCUGGCCAUCUUCAAGGAGAACAAGCGGCCGUCCAAGGAGAUGCAGCUCACCAUCUCGCAGCAGCUGGGCCUUGAACUCACCACCGUCAGCAACUUCUUCAUGAACGCCCGCCGCCGGAGCCUGGACAAAUGGACAGAUGACGGAGUCAGUCCUGGAGGCCAAUCUUCGGCGUCCAGCACUUGUACCAAAGCGUGAUAGUAGAUAAGUGGAGAGGGGAGGAAAACCAAAGUGACAGGGAGAGUUCUCGGGUGGGUUUGGGAGGGAUGGAGAGGGGUUGAGGGCGAGGGAAAACUCGUCCGGUCGAAAACCAAACUUUUUACAAUUGUUUUUGUUUGUUUGUCUGUUUUACUUUUGACGAGGGUGACAAACUGAGAGAGGGGCUGCUCACUGCGACGAAAUUGUUUGUAGCCUAACCGCCUUUUUGCAAAUCCAUCGUGAAUCCAUAAAGAAGCUGAAGGGUAAACACACCUCUAAAACAUAAGAAACCUCAAUGGGUUAAGAAGAACUCAUAAAUCAUAUUCUUUCACUGCGGAUGUCUCCUUUAGGACAAAGAGCUGACACACUAGCCCAAAUACCAAAGACUAGAAGACGAUAUUUGUUUUCUAAUAUGCAAUAUAUAAGCUAGGAACAAACCAAACGAUCAAGAAACCAAUGAAAGCUUUAUGAAAAAUUCUCUGUGGAGAGUUUUGUGGUAUUUAAAGCUUAAAAUGUCCCACAAUUGCAUCUUUUAAGGGUGAAGUUGAAGACUUUCAAAUUCAAAAUGUUGGAUUUCAGAGAUUGCAAAGUCACAUUUUGGACUGUUGAUCCAACCUACU